UGCCAUACCUAACUAUAAUUCAUCAUCACCAUUUCCACCAUCACCAUCAUACCACUCCACUUCCAGCAACUAUCCUCUCAUGUUCCACCAUGCCCACUUCUCUUCUAGUCUUACUCCAAUUUCAGAAAGAAUGUUCUGCUCCCCUACUCGUAACCAUAACUACCACUACCGGAUACAUGACUUACAUGCACAUGAGCAAUGCAAUGAUCAGUGAUCACCCCAGCUCAACAUCAAGAUUGUGUACGCGCAUACCGUCUACGUACUGGGUACAGACCACAGCGCAAUCCAUUGUUCGGUUUCUCAGGUUCCGUCAACCUCUCAGCAUCACCUGCCAUACCCUGUCCUGUUCUGUCUCGUUCAAUACUGUCCUGUCCUAUCCUAUCCUGUCCUGUCCUGUCCCUCCCUGCCCUGCGCCGGGCGCUGACGGAUGACCACCUUGCGAAAUGUAGGUACCAACACUAGCCGCUUUCUUCGUGAACCCUCCCCCUAC